AUGGCUAUAACCCUCCCUCCUUCACUUGCUGGAAUAUUACCAAAAUAUCAACGAGUUGUAAUAAAUUGUACAUCUCCUGAAUAUAGAGAGUUAUCAGCUCAAAUUCAUAUGGCAUUACUUCCAUUAAUUAAUACAAUUGCUAUACUUCAUACACCAUAUCAAUCAUGUUCUGAACAUUCAUUUAAACAAUUCCAAAAAGAUGAUAAAACUUUGGUAGUUGAAGUUGGAGGAAUUUGUGAACAACGAAAUAAUGUCUAUAUUUAUCCAUUAAAUAUUCCUGCUAUUCAAUCAAUUCCAAUUGAUAAUGUUACUAUUAUCAUUGUAGAACCUUCAUUAAUGGAAAAAUAUAGUUUUAUGAAGUCUUUAAACAAAGAGUAUUUAGUAGUUGAUAUGAAAGAUGCAUUAAUUAUUAGAGAAAAAGCAAUAAAAAAUGUUUGUUAUUAUUUAAUUUAUGUUGUAUGA